AUGGAUGAAAUAUUUAAACAACUCCAUCAACAACUUGAGGAGGUGGAGAGAAGGGUAUUCUUAUUUUUGAAUACACAAGAAAAGUACGAGACACUGAAGAAAACAAACAACAAAGUCGAACAAUGUAUUUUGGCAAAAAGUGUGUUCGCCUAUUUGAAUGAAACUAAAUCAGAACGCCAACUGAAAAACACGUUCCUCACCUUUUCUAAUAACGUGGAAAAGGUCUGCCAAACAUUGUGCGAUAUUUUGGACAAAACCGACUUCUGGGGAGACGGAGUGUUUUUCGACGUAAUCAACAAGCUUUCUGAGUUCGAAAAUGAAAAGGCAAAAGGGGAGAAAAUGGAAUUAAUGGGGAGAAUAACACAACUGGAGUCAAAUCAUAUUGCAAAGAUGAGGGAAUUUGAUGAGUUAAAAAGAUCCCGCGACCAGAUGACAAGGCGUGACGGGGUUGAGUGCAAAAUGGUGAAAGAAACUAACCAUAUGAUGAUAAUUGAAGAACCUCUAAAGGUUGAUGGUAAUGCAAUCAAUGAAAAAAAUACAACAGAUGUCGCAAUGGAAGAAGAUGUGAGAGACGUCAGUCUUCUGGACUCUGAUGAUGAAAUGAAGAAAACACCCAUCGGUAAUUUAAGUGGAGACGAAAUAAGACAACUCGAACUUUGGUCAAACAAAAGAAUAAACACCGUUUUAUUCGACUCUUACAAAGACGAUUAUAGUCAAGGAAGUCCAACAUUUCGGAUGAGUGUUGUUGGUCAUAAAGACAUUUUAGUUGUGAUUGAGGACACUGACGGAAAUAAAUUUGGCGGCUUCUUGUAUAAUGAAAUAACUGGGCCUGAUGUUUGGAUUCAAGAUAAAAAUUCUUUCGCGUUUUCAUUGUUCUCAAAUGGAAGAAUUGAUGGACAACAAAAGUAUAAAUUAAUGGACAAAUAUAGUCAAUAUGCUUUUCGUUGUGGGAGUGAUAUAGAUAAACGCCACAGACUCUUUUAUAUCAGUGGGGCAAUUGGAAUCAUGAAAAGAGGGUUUGAGGGCGAUUGUUGUUUUUACAACAAACUUGAAAACGUUGUUGACAAUUCGUUUUGCAGUGGAAAUACGUUUCACCCCAAGCGGUUUGUUGUGUUUCAAUGUGUUGAUUUGUAA